CAGUUAGCUGUGGUGGUGGUGUGGGGGCGGCGAGACCUCAGCUGUGGCAGUGUGACUAGAUUGAUUGAUGAAGAUUAUGCCACCCAAGAGGUGGCACGGGCAUGAAUAGCCCGUAAAGUGUGGCUAGUGUGUAGAGAUAUAUCAGUUAGGUGUAGUGGUUGGAGGGGCAGCGAGACAUCAACCAGAUAGUCGGCCCCCUCUCACUAACUCCACGCCAUUCCUAUCUUAAUCAUCUGCGAGACUCGUUGAACAGUAAACUAGUUGUAGUUCGAGGAUACGUUUACACGCUUGUUAAGCUCGUUUUAUGUUGUUUGUUUACUUGAGCAACCUGUGUGUUAUUUUUUAUCGAUAAUGAGAGAAAAUAAAAGGUGGACUUUUGGUACCUCUUCAGAGUUCAUCAUAACGCGACAUGGAAUAAUUGUAGGUCACGCAGUGCUUGAGGAACGUCUGCACGAGUGUUCUGCAUUAUAUCAUGCGGCACUUGACAAGGGCAUGAGACCCUACUAAUCAGCAGAGACUAGUACAGUAACCACUAAACUCAACACGAAAACACUCUUGUUAGAAGAUGAACGGCCAUCGUAUCAUCAUUGUAUUACUUCUAACCCAAAGUAUUGCCUUGUCACUCACCCCAAACUCUGCAAGUUUGAGUCUUGAAGAUGAAGCGAUCAGAAAACACUCUAUCAACUUGACCUGCGCCAGUCCUCGUGAGGCAUGGAAUGUCUCCUGGAGCGCCCACUGCAGCACAACAAAUUCACCCUCCAACGAGUCCCUGGAGACCGUCAUGAAAGCCCCGCUUAAUGCAUCCUCUGAGGAAUCAAACCCUCCAGCGAGGCCCAGAAUCCGAUUUUGCAACGUUCCCGACGAAGAGGAAGUGGAUAGCGUCAACGCGACGGGCAGAAGGGUACGACGCUACUCACUACAUGGGAAUAAGUGGGAGAAAACCGACCUGACGUGGACGCUACGGACUCCAAGCAGUCGCGUCCAGCAACUGCCUCAGGGGGUCAUCAGGCAGCAGAUCUACGCUGCAAUGAAGGUGUGGGAGCGUGAAUCAACCCUCACCUUCACGGAAGUACACAAGGACACACCUGAUGUAGAUAUAUAUAUAGAUUUUCUCACAGGUGAUCACAAUGAUGGCUACAAGUUUGAUGGUCCUGGAGGCACUCUAGCUCAUGCUUUCUAUCCGGGAAAAGGAAGAGGCGGAGAUAUGCAUUUCGACGACACCGAGAGCUUUGUCGCCCAUCAUGAGGUGAAAAAGUUCGAGACAAGCAGCCUGUUGGUGACGGCGGCACAUGAACUGGGCCACUCACUGGGUCUCCGACACUCUGACGUCGAGAACGCACUCAUGGCGCCCUUUUACCAGGAGUACCCCGCGGAUUUCAGGCUUCCUAACGACGACAAGUAUGGCAUCCAGGCCUUGUAUGGGAGGCCACCAUCUGAGAUUCCAACCACAAUAUUCAAACCUUUAACGACUACUGAAAAACCUCCGACAACUCCUUAUAGGCCUCCAACAACUCCGUAUAGGCCUCCGACUACUCCUUAUAGGCCUCCGACAACGCCUUAUAGACCUCCACACAAACCAAUUACUCCCGACAGACCUCCAGUAACACCAACCACUCCCAGAACACCACCAACCACUCCCAGAACACCACCAACCACUCCCAGAACACCACCAACCACUACUCGUAGAACUCCGUACACUGUUCCACCUGUACCCCCCACUAUAGCUUACGUCCCUCCAACAACCAAACCCCCAGUAACCCCCACUACCCUACCGCCCGAGAGCCCCAGUACGCCCCCACCACCACCUUGCCCAUCUGAGACCCCAUCCGAAGAGUUCCCCGACGCCUGUGACACGGACUUCGACGCCGUGACGAGGUACCAUGGCGAGUAUUUCUUCUUCAAGGGCAAGUUCUACUGGCGCGUGAGUAGCAAGGGACAGCUCCGCAGGAACGAAUCUCCAAACGAGAUAUGGUACAGGUUUUCCGAUUUGCCCAGAUCACUGAAGCGUAUUGAUGCUGUUUACGUCACCCGUAAGGAUACGUUCGUGUUUUUCAGUGGCCCUACGUAUUACGAAUUAGGGCCAAGUUUUCGGAUGAAGAGCACAGGCAAGCUGGUGGAUCUGGGAGUGAAUGCUAAUCACCUCGACGCAGCGAUGGUGUGGGGCCACAACGGCAGGAUCUACAUGUUCAGCGGCAACCACUACUGGCGAAUUGGCUGGGAUGGUCAUGCCGAGGCCGACUACCCGAGGGACGUGGCAGUGUGGCGAGGCCUCCCAAGCAACUACUCCGCCGCCUUCACCGUUCGCUCCCUAACCUACUUUCUCGCCGGCCGCGUCUUCUGGAGCUUCGACAAUCUCCAGAUGAGAAUAUCGGAGCCUCCGUUGUUGAUCGCUCCUUACUGGUUCAGCUGCCCGCACUACAACCCGGAGAAGGUCUUCCUCUGCUCCCCUGUCGCUACAAGUGUGGCGGGAGCUCCGCCCUCCUUACAUCUUCAUGCAUGUCUGUGGUUGGCUGUCAUCUGCCUGGUAUUAAUUAAGGCACUUUAAAAAUGUUCUUCCCCCCUUACCUACACCCAGCACACACCGACACCUGAAACCACACCCCACACACCUACACUCAAUGUGUACACCUGCGCCUCGCCUCCCCUUCCCGAGCCUGAAAGUUAAGCCUUUGUUUUCAGCAAUAAUGUUAACAUUACCAUUUUAGACAUGUUACCUUUCUUAAAGCUCAAAGACUUUACAAAAUCCCUUUCUGCUUGUCUCUCAGCCUUCCUCUGUUCGUAAUGAAGCGAAAGCGAACAGCGAUGAACCAACUUAAAGAAUGGUAUCAAUAACUCCGUGUAAAUAAUUUCUCAAGCAUAAACAGACUGUCAAGUCUGCGAGUUCCCGCAGUUUUCCUUUUCAAAAAUGAAUUUAAAAUGUGUAAUUUCUGUUAAUUUUAAGUAAUGUUACGAGCGUUUGGGGUCGUAACAUUAUCGUCUUCAUUACCAUUACUUCAGGACGUCUACACAGGUCCGCGGUCAUCGUCGCACAAUUUCUUGAAGAUGCAUAUUCACGUAUGACAAUUAUUCGUGACAUCUCAAGUUUUUAAGGGAGACCAAAUUAGGGCCUCCCCCCCCCCCUUUCUCGCCACCACUACCACUACCACAACCACAACCACUACCACCACCACCACAACCACUUCAGUCAUCUACAGCGCCACACACAAUAAUUUAGCUGUGAUCCCUCCGAGGACGACAAUGAUGACGACGACGACGCUGAAGGUGCUGCUAACGGUGAUAGUGUUGGGAGCGACUACCUCCAGCACCAGGACCCACGACGCACACCAGCCGCUACGAGAUCUCAGGCAGUUCGGCUACCAUCACCACCCACGCCUCCACCAGCACCACGACCACCAUCACCCACGCC